CUCACCACUUCAAAGCACCACGUUACCUCCACAAUAAUCUAUAGUCUAGUCAGUACAUCUUCCUUGCAGAUUGAUUGAAUCUCCCUGCCAAAAAAAAAGAAAAAAGAUGUUGAAGGCACAAGUUCACUCACCACAGGCUUCCCCCCAAACCCUAGUCGCCCCUGCCGUCCUCACCAAGCAGUUCAUCCAUGGCCUCAAUGGCCGUGUCAUUCUGCCGCGUCACCAGCACUGCCUGAUGACUGCCCGAAAAUCAUGUAAGGCUGCAGCUCGACUAGGGUUUGUUCCCGGGAACAUCAGAGCCAUUGCUAGCGCUACUAAUAAUACAACGACGACAUCCACUGUCAAAGCAGUGGUCACCGUGACACCACCGACGGCAGGCGCGCUAUACGAGCUCGGGAUAAACCGAGGGCUCGAUGAUAUUGCGGAUUUGAUGGGGAAAACCCUCCUCCUUGAAUUUGUUAGCUCAGAGCUUGACCUCGCAAGGGGACAGGAGAAACCGACGAUCAAGAGCUUUGCGCACAAGACGGAGCAAAAGGACAAUGAGGUAAAGUACGAGUGCGAGUUCAAGGUCGGGGAUGAGUUCGGAGAAGUGGGAGCGGUCCUUGUGGAGAACGAGCACCACAAGGAGAUGUUCCUGCGAGACAUAGUCCUCGACGGGCUCCCCGGUGGCCCUGUUACCAUAAGUUGCUCGUCUUGGGUGUGCUCCAAGUUUGACAACCCCAGGAAAAGGGUCUUCUUCAUUAACAAGUCAUACUUGCCAUCGGGCACGCCAGACGGGCUGAAGAGGCUGAGGGAGGACGAGCUGAAGGCGCUGAGAGGGAACGGGCAAGGGGAGAGGAAGACAUACGAGAGGAUAUACGACUACGAUGUGUACAACGACGUUGGGGACCCCGACAGCAGCCCAGACAAGAAACGACCUGUGCUCGGCGGUAAAAAUUUCCCUUACCCUCGACGUUGCAGAACCGGACGACCACGGUGCAAAACAGACCCGAAAUCGGAGUUGAGGAGCCUCACCAUUUAUGUACCGAGAGACGAGGCAUUCUCGGAGGUGAAGAACCUGACAUUCUCCACCAAGACGGUCUACUCCGUCUUGCACGCCUUGGUGCCUUCCCUAGAGUCGGCGAUAAUCGAUACUGACAUCCCCUUCCCUUACUUCACGGCCAUUGCUGAGCUCUUCAAUGAAGGCGUGACAUUGCCCCAUCUGCCAACAAAAGGCUUCUCGGACCUCCUUCCGAGACUAGUUAAGGCCAUCGAAGACACAACCGAAAAUGUCCUGCGAUUCGAAACCCCGGAGACAAUGCUACGAGACAGUUUCUUCUGGUUCAGGGAUGAUGAAUUUGGCCGACAGACACUUGCCGGCAUCAAUCCUUACACCAUACAGUUGGUCACGGAGUGGCCCAUGAAGAGUAAACUUGACCCAUCGGUCUAUGGUCCGCCAGAUUCAGCAAUCAGCACAGAGAUCGUCGAACGGGAAAUCAAAGGAUUCAUGACAGUAGACGAAGCGAUAAAGCAGAAGAAGCUGUUUGUUCUGGACUACCAUGAUCUGCUACUCCCAUAUGUGAGCAAAGUAAGACAACUCGAAGGCACAACACUCUAUGGAUCAAGAACGCUGUUCUUCUUGACCCCUGAUGGCACACUAAGGCCCGUUGCUAUAGAGCUAACUAGACCGCCCAUGGAUGGAAAGCCACAGUGGAAGGAAGUGUUCACACCAACAUCUGACGCCACCGGUUGCUGGCUCUGGCGGCUCGCCAAGGCUCAUGUGCUCGCUCAUGACUCGGGAGUUCACCAAGUCGUUAGCCACUGGUUGCGAACACAUUGCUGCACGGAACCAUACAUAAUCGCAGCCAACCGACAGCUCAGCGUGCUGCACCCUAUAUACAAGCUGCUGCACCCGCACUUUAGAUACACAAUGGAAAUCAAUGCCCUCGCCCGUGGAUACCUCAUCAACGCUGAUGGAAUCAUCGAGAGUUGCUUCUCCCCUGGCAAGUAUUCCAUUGAACUCAGUUCUGUGGCCUACGAUCAGCUGUGGCAGUUCGACUUGCAAGCCUUGCCUAAUGACUUGAUUAACAGAGGAUUGGCGGUGGAAGAUCCGUCGGCACCACACGGCCUGAAGCUGGCGAUUGAAGACUAUCCCUUUGCCAACGAUGGCCUUCUCAUAUGGGAUAGCCUAAAGGAGUGGGUCACCGACUACGUCAAUCACUACUACCAGGAUUCUAGCCUUGUGCAGUCCGACCAGGAGCUGCAGGCGUGGUGGGCAGAGGUCCGGAAGAUUGGCCACGGUGACAAGAGGGAUGCCGCUGGGUGGCCGGAGCUGAAUACCACCGAUGACCUUAUCCAGAUCGUCACCACUAUAAUGUGGGUGACGUCCGGCCACCAUGCAGCCGUGAACUUCGGGCAGUACCACUAUGGCGGCUACUUCCCAAACCGGCCAACCAUUGCGAGGACCAAAAUACCCCUUGAGGACCCCACGGAGCCAGAGCUGAAGGAGUUCAUGAGCAAGCCCGAGGCCUCCCUCUUGAAGUGUUUUCCCUCACAGAUGCAAGCAACGAAGGUGAUGGCUAUCCUGGAUGUGCUUUCCAACCACUCACCGGAUGAGGAAUACCUGGGUGAAAAUGCCGAGCCGGCAUGGAAGGAGGACCCGAUAAUAAAUGCAGCUUUUGAGAGAUUCAACGGGAGAUUAAAGGAGAUCGAGGGGAUCAUAGACGCGAGGAACCAGGAUAUGAAGUUGAAGAACAGGAAUGGGGCCGGGGUUAUGCCAUAUGAGCUUCUCAAGCCGUUUUCGAAAUCCGGCGUGACGGGGCAGGGAGUCCCAUACAGUAUAUCCAUCUAGAGAAAUAUCAAUAACAUCACCUCUUCGCUGUGAGCUUAAUUAUUUGCCUGUCGUUUUUCCAAAUAGGUGGGGGACCAAGGCUGAUGAUCAGAUGGAAAUUGUUUGCGUGGUUCGGUCGAUCGAUAUGCCGUGUAUCUUAAUGUACUUGGGCAGGUUUACCAGUUCCAUGUAUGUACCACACGCUUGCAAACGACUGCAUAAAGUUCGAAAUAAGCUUGAUGCGCAACAUAGUUUUCAUGGAAAUAUCGAGUCAAGCAUCACAUUGUACUCGAACCUAGUCAUCUCAACGUAUCAAACCACCGAAGUAGUAAUCUUAUCUU